UUGAACUCCCUUUCCACUCUUUUUACGCGUCAUGGUUCUUCCUAAGUCUGAUUUUGUCCAAGCUGUUCGAACAACUUGUAAACAACUGGUUGAAAACAGUCCUGUUAAGAUUUCUGAACAAGGUGUGAAGAACUUUUUGACCAAGUUGGAAAAACCUCAAUAUGAAGAACUGGCUAUUGAUACUCCUAUUCGAAUGCCAUUAAAAUUUUCAAGUGUUGCUGAAGAAAUCAACUUUAUUGCUGUCAUUGAUUUGUUAAACUUUGGUAGUGGUUAUCGAGUUCCUCUGCACGAAUUGGCUGGGCGUGGUGCUUUUGAUGUGAUUCGUUUUGGCGUCAUGUCAUUCCACGUAGGUGGCACACCCAUGACCACAGAAAAAUUCAAGACAAUUGACAUCCAUGAAGUCUCCUCCAUCUUUCAGAUCCCGAUUGAAAAGGAAGUGCCUGUGAAGGAAGACAUGCCAUUUAUGACGACAGUACAACCAACACCUAUCAAACCAUUUGCACAAGGUAUUGUGGAUGUGCUUAACAGUACAGGUGCAUUUUUAGAUCAACAUGGUUACAAGGAUCUAGCGGCAUUCAUCUUGGACGUGACAAAACCAGACAACAACAAAAAACCCUCGGCCGUGAAAUUGGUGGAACAGUUGGUACGAGCUUUACCUGGAUUACAAGACUGGACCGUGACUCCUCAAGGUGAUACUGUGUACCUUUUCAAAAAAGCACAAAUCUUGGUCUAUCAUCUCUGGUUGAUUUUCCAUGAUCAAGACCCUGAUCGCUUUGGUUUUGACGACAUUGAUGAUUUAACCAUCUUUGCCGACAAUGUGAUUCCUACCAUGCUUAUACAUCUUGGAGUGAUCGACAUCCCUGAAGCUUGGCAACAAGAACUGGACAAUCACAAAGAUGUGGGUGAAUACAAGGCCUAUGUUCUUCGUGCUGCUUCUGUCGUGGCAUGUGAAGAAAUUGUCAAGAUAUCUCGCUCUGAUGCUCCUGUGGGCCAGGUGCACCAUAUGACUGAAGGUGCUUUGGAUGUGUAUUUAUGGCGUUUAGGCAAGGUUGGUGAUUAUCGCAAGGUUCCCCGGAUGGAAUGGAGAAAUACUGUCAUGUUUUAGUGUUAUUAAUUACCCUAGAUCAAUUUGUUGUUAAAUUAAUAGUGUAAUAUUUGUUUGUUUAUCUUUAAUAAAGAAUGUUUAUAUGCUAUUCUG